UCGAGGUGUCUGCUCUGCGCAGCGCCUGCGAGCGGAGGGAGUCGGUGAAACGCGCGUGCGGUGGCUUCGGCAAUGAUGCACUGAGCCUGCCUACUCAUUCAUACUCUCAAAACAUCUCCAUUGCGAUUUAUUUUCCCACAGUAGUAUUGUUUUCAUCGUUGCUCCUAACUCCGCUGGAAAAAAAGGUUUAAUGAAAGAGAACGAAAAGAAGAAGAAGCGCGCGUCAACGUUACGACAGUUUUUAUUCGCAUCGCAUUCUGAAUGACGGGUGGACGGUUCGACUUCGACGAUGGAGGCACUUUCUGUGGCGGAUGGGAGGACGGGAAAGCCCACGGACACGGUAUAUGCACAGGACCCAAGUGUCAAGGCGAGUACGCCGGCUCCUGGUCCCACGGUUUCGAGAUAGUCGGGGUUUACACUUGGCCCAGCGGGAACACUUACCAGGGGUACUGGUCGCAGGGUAAACGGCACGGGCUGGGUGUUGAGACCAAGGGGAUGUGGCUCUAUCGUGGGGAGUGGAGUUACGGGUUCAAGGGUCGCUAUGGAGUUCGGCAGAGCACUAACACACCUGCUAGAUAUGAUGGGACAUGGAGUAAUGGACUACAGGAUGGGUAUGGGGUCGAGACUUACGGGGAUGGUGGCACUUAUCAAGGCCAGUGGAUGGGGGGCAUGAGGCACGGCUAUGGCGUGCGCCAGAGUGUGCCUUAUGGGAUGGCCACAAUUAUCCGCUCUCCGCUCCGCACCUCCCUGGCCUCCCUAAGAAGUGUGCAGAGCAAUGGCACCAUGCUGCUGGAUGCCAUACCCGACACACCAGUGGGUAGCCGUGGUGGUUUUGUCUUGAAUUUUCACAAUGACACCGAAGUUGUCACCGGCAAGAAGAAGGGCCUGUUCCGCCGCCGGUCCCUCUUUGGCAGCCUCCGACAGCUACGUAAAUCUGACUCCAAAACAUCCAUCUCAAGCAAGCGGAGUUCGGCACGAAGCGACGCCACCAUGAGCCGCAUCAGCUCCAGCGACGCCAACUCCACUAUCAGCUAUGGAGAUGGAGAGGCACCUGAUGAAUUUAUACCUAUGGAGGACCAUGUGGAUGCCACCACCACCGAGUCCUACAUGGGCGAGUGGAAGAAUGACAAACGCAAUGGGUUUGGGGUCAGUGAGCGAUCCAACGGGUUAAAGUAUGAAGGGGAAUGGAUAAACAACAAGAGGCAUGGAUACGGUGGCACAAUAUUCCCAGAUGGAACCAAAGAGGAGGGGAAGUAUAAGAAUAACGUAUUGGUGCGUGGGAUAAGGAAGCAGCUUAUUCCUCUUAAAAACCACAAAACGAAAGAGAAAGUGGACAGGGCCAUGGAGGGGGCUCGAAGGGCGGCAGCCAUUGCCAGGUCUAAAGUUGAAAUAGCAGUUUCAAGGACAUCCCAUGCUAGAACUAAGAGUGAAGCUGCGGACCAGGCCGCACUUGCAGCCUGUCAGGAAUCGGACAUUGCCAGAACUGUGGCCUAUGAAUUAUCUCCCAGCUUCCAUCAACCAGGACUCGACUAUAUCAGACAAAAGUUCAGUGAGCCGGUGGAGGAGGUAAAAGAGGAAGCACCGAAGGAGGAGGAGAAGGAGCCCACCCGGAAGAUAAGCAAAGACAACAGCAGCGUAUCCCGAAAGAUAAGCAAGGACGGUACUAGUGUAACCCACAAGAUAAGCAAAGAAGAGAGAGCUUCAGUUGUGGCUGAGAUCACCAAAGUAACCACCUCUCCCCCUGUAGCAGCCAAUAAACUGCAGGAAGUGCCACCUCCAAAGCCCCCCAAAGCACCUGAGUCCCUGCUUAAACCUGUGAGCACGGGUAAUGGACAGCUACAUGCUGCUUAUCACAGUUAUUAUGUAAAACCUAUGGGAAAGAUCCCUCCACCAGAGGAACCAGAGGAUGAAGAGCCUGAGAUGACACAGUCUAGCCUGGCGAGGAUGCAUCCACCACCUAAAAUGGCCAGGACACCCACUCCCAAACUAGACUCCAAGAUCAGGAAACAAGAGUCUAUUAAACCAAAGAGCUUAGCAGAAAGCAAGAAAGCCAACAUAGAGAUUGCCAAUGAAAAAGUGGAGGAAGAAAGUGGUCCUAACUCGAUUUUAGUUGCAAUGGUGAUGCUUUUGAAUGUUGGAUUGGCAAUCAUUUUUGUCCAUUUUCUGACAUGAAAAAGUACAAUCUCAGUGAUGUUGGUUGGCAACCCACACAGAUGUGUCAGUGACCUUUAUGAAUCAAAAUUGCACCAGCCAGUCUCCAGCAUGGCAGAGGUAGCUGAAGAAUCAACAUAUGGAAGUUUGAAACUUCUGACUUCAUCAAAUGUCAUGUGAAUCUGGUAAAAGCUGAAGAGAGGAAAAAAUUGUUUGGGGGGGGGGGGGGUUACAGUUGAAAAUGGAAAAAAGGCAAAGAAAAUGCUCAGUAACGUCAAUCAUAUCUACUAAUGGAAAGUCUAAAUAUCUGAUAUGUGCAGCCACUCUAUAGGCCUCUGUGUUCUGACAGAGACUUAACUGGAAAUGUUUGAUGAUGCAGUUUUACGUGAUUGGCAAGAACAGCUGCCCUACUCAUUUACCAUCUGACGUGUAACUGGGAGAUGCACUUACAGUGCCAGAGGAAUGUGUUCAGGGGACUUUGUCGCAGUGGGCAGGCACUCUUGGCCAGAGGAAACCAAACGCGCACACCAGCGUCACUCAUCCGUCUUACUCCCUUUACCAACCCACCGCAGUUUCUUCUAGCAUCUACUGCAUUCACUUUUUAGUUGAUGCUCCCUGUAGUGUCACUUUUUGUUUUGUUUUCAUUUACUGUUCUUUCUUUUCUAUAUGUUUGUUAACCUCAAUCACAAUUGUGUUUGAAUUAAAUGCAAAGGAAAAUCUAAAUAUACCAAUCACGAGUCACACUUUUUUGUGAGUUUUGGUAUGAAGGUACAGUAUAGUUUUCGAAAAUGAAAAAUAAUAUAUUAUUUAUUGAUAAUGUGCAAUAGCAUUUAUUUUUUAUGAGUAGAGAGUUGGAUUUGUCACCAAUCAGGAGCUUCACAGUUCUGUCCCAUUUGUUCUGCUUUUCAGUCCACAGUUGUCACAUUACAUGGGGUAAGUUGUCACAGUGGUCACUCUGCCAUUUAAAAGCUUUGGCUUUUCAGCUAAAUUUAACCAGUAAAACAGUUGUGAAAAUCAAAACAUUUAUUGAAACAUCAAAAGUAUAAUCAUAUCAAUCAUUAAAUAAUAAUUAUUAAAUUAAGUAUUAUUAUGAAUAUAAAAUUAAUAAAUAAUAUUAAUAUAAGUAGAUAUAUAUAUAUAUAUACCUUUUUCUAACAGAAAUUGUAGUUAGUACAUUACAAUUAAUACAACACAUUUAACAAUAUUUAAAAUGUGACAACUUGCCCUGAUCUGAAAAUAAAAAACAAAAAAUACUCUUGUUCAAAGAACACAAUUCAACCUUUCAAUAUUCAAUUAAAAGUAAACAUAAGCAGAAUUCAAAGAGAAACAGAGUUUAACAUUUUAGAAGGGUAUAAUGUAAGGGGAGAGGGAGCGACAGGUUUGGUGUUUGUGAUUCUCCACAUUUCAGUGAGCAAGCCCACCCAAAUUACAGCAGAACUGAACUCAAAAAGUCUUAUAAAGUGUGUUAUUUAUUGAAUUCUGAGAAUUAUUUGUCAUGUUAAUGUUAAUUACGCCUAUAAAAUUGUGCUUGCAAUGUUGUGGAAGAGUUCUUGUACUUCAAAUGUCAGGUAUGACAUGUGACAGCAGGUGAGAAGUUUUGAUAUGGUACUUAAAAAAAAUAUGUUGAGAGCUUGCUUGCAUGUUUGUGACCUUGAAAACAUGGGAUAUCAAAAGUCUGAAGGUAUUCAGGUAGUGCCACAGUCAGGGUGGUCCUGGAUGAAGUAGGAUGUUGCCUUUAAAAGUCUUUAACAGUACUUCUGUUUACCUCAAAAGAAAUAGGAUAAGGAAAAAACAAUGAAGAGAUGAAGUUUUUGUCUUAAAACUGUAGUAUGCAAAUUCUGACUGAGGGAAUCAUUGGAAAUGACUUUAAAUGUGCCACUAUAUUGUGUUUUUUGGGGGAAAUCAUGAAAAUGUAACUUUUUAUUUGUUAUUCAUACAUACAUCAUAUGUGCAUUUUCCCUCUUCAGAAGGUUUAUUAAAGAUUUAUUUAUUAUAUAUAGAAUUAUAGAUAUUGUUUCUAGUGUUUGGUGAGUGUAUAAGGGCUUGGGAAAACUGCUUUUAGUUUUUGUUGCAUGGGGUCUUUAUAAUGCACUAUCACCUGUUAAUAUUACUUUCAAAACAACUAUUCUGAGGGGAAAUAUGCAAAGGAAUAACAUUUAAUACAUGUUUUAUUUCAAUUCUUUGCAACAGUGAACAUUUGGCAUUGUCCAACAUCUUCAGGCAAUGUGUUUUUGCAUACAGAGACUCAAAAACUCUGAUUAAAGGAUAUUUUAAUGCUUUUAACUAUAUUUGAUGAAUAUUGGGCAUUGGUCAAAACAUUUUGCAGUGCAAUGUGUAUGGGCUCUUUUAUAUAUAUUUUCUAAAGGAGAGUUUUAAGCUCUUGUUAUAACAGGGCUGAGCUAAGAAUUAUUUUUCUAAAAACAAAUGAGGAUAAAAGGUUUAUUCUAUUUAUAUGCAUUUUUACAGAGCACAGCCAUAACAAUAAUGAAUUCUUUGAUAUUUUUCUAUAGAAGUGUACAACUGUAUUUUGUCAAAAGCAGUAACUUCUUUCAAGCAUUGUAUCUUACACAAUAUUAAACCUAUAUUUGAUUCCACAUCAUUUUCAAAUGAAUUUAAGGAUCAAUAAGAUGUAGGAAUUCUUCUUUGAACCCCAUCUGUUACUUUAGCCAUUUUAAGCCCAUAAAACCCCACAUAUUUCUGUAAUUUAAAAAUUUAUUUAUCUGUAUAAUAAAAAAAAAUUG